AUGUCGACGUUCGCCCACCUCCCCUGGGACAUUCAACAAUUCCUCGCCGCACCCGUACCGACGACCGAGUCCACCCCCUCCCCACCAACCGUCCCCUGCUCCCGUGUGCUCUCCUUCUACCAAAACGACCUCCCCGCCCUCCCCAGUCGAUACCACCUCGACGACCUUCACACCCACCUCUCCCACAACUACUCACAACUCGAAUCGAACCAUUCCUUCAUCCAAUGGUGGUUCCCACUCCGAACACCCGGUGUGAACGCUCAAGCACCUUUACUCACCUCGAACCCCAACGAACUCAUCGCUUUGAGGACCGAUCCGGAGGUGCAACGUCGUUUCAGGAACAGUUACGAGAUCAUGUUGGAUUUUUAUGGGUUCGCAUUGGACGACUUCGAUUCGGGAAGGAUCAAGAGAACUGAACACUAUGAAGCGAGGUAUCGUAAUCUGGUAAAGAACAGUCAUAAUUGGUUACGCCUAUCGAGGAUCCUCAAAAGUUGUGCAGAGGUACGUGGCAUUCCCCGACCUUGAAAGAAGUGUCGCGCAGGCAAAAGAAAAGAAAAAACCCGUUUUCUUAAAACCCACUCGUUCCUCCUGCUCCUCCUGAACCCAACACCAGUUUGGCCUCGAAUACCUCAACGCAGCUCUACUCCUCUUCAUCCUCGUCGAACAAAACCCGUCCUCCCCGAACGGACUCUUGAGCGACCGAAGCUUGAUCCGAUCGAUGGACCAAUACUGGAGGUAUUGCAUUCGCAAUGAAGAGGAAAGGGAAUGGGUUGUCAGGGUGAUCGAUGAGGUUCGAAGAGGGGAGAGGGAAUGGACGCAGACGGAGUACGAGCAGGCGAUUUGGAGGAGGAAGGUGACGGGUAGUUUCAGGGAGGACGUACAAGCGAAUUGA